CCGUAAUAAUCCAAUCGGAUGUGUAUUCACGCGGCUCCGUAGGUUUCCUCUUCUCCCCCACUGCCAAUCUCACCGAGCUCUAAAUUAAAAAAAUAAAAAUAUCUCACCAAGCUCUAUCAUCAAGAGCGUUCUUCCACAAAGUAGCAGCCAGCAUGGAGGAGCAGCUUGAUUCCGUGCCGGAGGAGAGCACCCCGGGUUUCACGGCUGCCAUCCCGCCGCCCAACUCCUACCGCGAGUCGAUCCGGAGCGUGAGCGUCGUCUGCCCCCAGUGGCGCAUCAGAUCGAUGCUGUCCGGUCAGAGCGGAUCCACCUACUCCAGCGACUCCGUUGCCUCGAGGUCCAACAACUCCGGCUACUCCUCCAACUCGGCGUCCGUCGGCUUAGCGGACUUGGGUACCAGCGAGCUCAAGAAGAUUGCUCAGAGAAUGGCCAGCGACGGCUACACCGAGGACAUGGUAAAAUCGUUUCGCAUCAUAUCUCUCAAGCAAACAUUUAGCCCGGACUAUGCACUGAAGAAUUGGUUCGUCGAGCUUGAUGUCGACUGGGUUCUCCAACCGCUGCAAACCCACCUCCAAGAGGGAUCUGCGUAUUCACUCCAAGAAUUGGUUGAGAGUUGGAUCCGAGCUCUCACAGUAAUUGUUGCCACUAUCGACGAAAAGCUGAUCACAAUCGUGAGUGACACGCCAGCGGUCGCACGAUUUGCCACAGCGAGCGUCUCAGCAAUGCUCGUUUUUGUUGAUGCGGUCAUCCAGUUUAACAGGGAGGAGAAUUUACAAGCCAUGCUACAAUUGUAUAUGUGCGUCUGCAGCGCAUCAUAUGACAUGUUGCCGAUGCACAUGAACUUUUUGGAUUCCCGAAGCAUUUUCAACAAGAUAGGAGAAAUGUUGGAUAGAGAAGGGAACAAGUUAAUUGAGUCCGUAUGCCAAAAGAUGGUGCAGGUGAGGCGGACACUCAUGAAGGACGAUGACUCGUGGGUCGCCGAGAUUCUGGAAGGAGGAGGCGAGGUUCACAAGAACACCCGGUUGAUGGUGGAGUACAUAGUUUUGAUGAGCAAAGCACAUACUUCGAUGCAGAACUCUUUAUAUAGUCAGCACAAAGAAAAGCUUCGAGAACUCAUAGAUUACAUGAUCGAUUAUCUGAACAAUUUGCUUCUGCGAAAAUCAGAGUUGUGCUCGGAUCCAAGCCUCAGGUAUUUGUUCCUGCUCAACAAUUCAUAUUUCAUAAUGCAGAUGGUGUCUGAGGUAUCCCUGCAAAAAAAUCCUGACCAGUUGUGUGGAUACCAAAGAGAAAUUAAACUUACACCUGAAUGUGGGAAGUACAUGGAUAGCUAUCUCGAUGUUUCUUGGGGAAAUGUGUUGUCCUUUAUGCCUAAAUCAAAUUUUCACGGACCACUCCGUCGUUGGAUCCACACCACUUCGCUAGCUAAAUUCCAGUCAGCGUUUGAUAAUACGUACCAGGCUCAGAAAUUCUGGAAGGUGCCGGAACCUCGUCUCCGGUCCUUACUGCGGGAAACUAUCACCAAGAGAGUCAUUUCAGUUUACGACGACUACCUGAAGGAGCAUCCAGAGCUAGAAAAACAGGUUAUAGGUGGAAGCCGCAGUCCUGACGUUUUGAAGGAAAUGUUAGGAGAACUAUUUGAAGGGUGAACACUUCUUUGAGGAUCCAACAGAGUCAAUCGACGGAUUAGAGUUCAUGUCUCAUCGUUGUAUUUGGAAAAUAAGUCCUUUGAAAAUGAAGUUGUAUUCUGAAUUCCGUUGUAGCCGAAGUGUCUUUUUGUUUGAUUUCGUGACUCCAUGUAAAAUACUUAAGAUUAUACACGGUUUUUUUUCAUCCAAUUCAGUGGAA